UUUGCUGGGCUUGAUCAAAUAGGGCAGCAAUCUGAUCUUCGUCCGUCCAAAUCAUUAAACUCAAAUCUGACCGUUCGUCUCAGCCAUCAAUCUGUCCAUUUAUCUCAAUCCACUAUCCUCCACCUGUUUCCAAAACCCCAGACAUCUUUUGUUGUGCCACCUGAAUCCAUGGCUCAUACAUCAGCGAGAAUCCAAUAUUUAGAAACUAGGGCUUCAUGUUUCCCAAAUAUUUUCCUCUGAUCUUCUAAUCUUGACGAUUUUGCAUUCAAGUUCCGAACUUGCUGACGAUUUUGGAACUCCGAGAUCCAUUUGCUUAGCCCAUGAAUGCCCAGUCUCAGAUCUUGCAAAACCGCCAAAACUACGCCGUUUGGCCUCCCCUUCCGCCACCGUUCCCGCCGGACCACAACCCUGUGUUCUCUCACCGGCCGGUAACUUUCAAUGGUCCGACGGAGACGACCAGCCAUCCGGGUCGGUCGAACUGGAGGGCGAAACCCGACAAGAGGAAGGAAUUUCGGCGAGCCGACCCGCUUGGGGCUCCGCUGGGUCCGGGAUACAAAUCCGCGAACCAGAGUGAUUCGCAGUUUCAGAAUCGAUCGAAAGGUCGAAGAUUUUACCCCAAGAAGAAGUUCAAUUCUCGAUUCGCUCCCUUUGCUCCGAGGAACACCACUUCGUUCCUGAUUCGCGCCAAGAAAUCCGGGGGUAUUGCGUCGUUGGUCUCGCCAUGUCCGGUCACACCGGCGACCCUCCCGACGCCGGUUUUCUCACCGGCGAGGGAGGAUUUGAUGGACAUGGCGAAGGAAGAGUGGGGUGUCGAUGGGUACGGCUCAAUGAAGGGUCUGAUUCGACUUCGUUCCGGGUCCUCUAAAGGCGAUGGAGAGGAUGCCGAUUCGGAUGACGGCGGUGGCGAAGCGUCUAGUGACAGCGACGUGGAAGAAGAGCGCGUGGAAGUUGAGAGGAAAUUGGACCACGACCUGAGAAGAUUCGAAAUGAUAUACCCGAACUCCAACGUCGGCGUCAGCGACGAUCAAACCAGUGUACUGGAGACCAGAGUGGACGAACAGGACACCCAUAUUUCUCAGCUGGAAGAAGAGAAUUUGACGCUGAAAGAGAAACUAUUUCUGAUGGAGAGGGAGCUGAGUGAAUUGAGGAGGAGGGUCGAGUGCUUGGAGACUGAUGGUGGGGUGGCGCCGGAGAAUGUUGCAGAGACCAUUAAUGACGACGCCGGCCACGAGGGUUCGGAAAAGAGCGUAGGAAACGGUAAUGGCGAGACUGAGGAAGACGGUGUUAGAGACUGAAUUAUCGUCUUAUACGAAUUGGUUUGAAUCGUAACAGGAUAGUAGGAUGUUUCUGGGAAAAUGAAGCUGCAAUGAUACCUGUAAAUGUCUCUGUAUAUAUUGGUAGGAUUGUAGAUUUAGGGACAGUUUAAUGAGUAUGGCGUAAUAUGUUAGUUUCUUUUGUGAUCGGAGGACCUUGAAACUGGACCUGUUCAUGAGAGAAUUUGCAGGCGUUUCACAAACUGAUCUUUUGUUUUACUGGCAAUUAGAAUAGAACGUUGAGGUUCCAGAGAGGAGGAGCCGAGGAAGGGUCGUGUCUUUUGCUCUCACAAUGUCACUGCUCACCUGUGUGUGCGUCUAUAUAAAUGUGUGUCUGCAUAUGUAUAUAUAUUACUUUCACAUCCAAAUUUCUGUGCUUUCGAUUUA